AUGGCAAAUAAGAUUUACCAUAAACAUUUUACCCUUCCUAUUUUCUUCUUUAUUCUUACACUCUUUGUGUUGGAAUCAUUUACCACUACAAUUGCCCUUGACUGGUCUCUAACACCACCUCCGACUUCCCCUGGCCAUCGUACUGGUAAGUGUACCAAAAAGGAGAGACAAGCUCUUCUUCAUUUCAAAUCAAACAUUUAUUACGACCCUCAAGGCCUUCUCGAUACAUGGACACCUGGAGAAGAAGAAAAAGUAGCAUCCAAUGAUUGUUGUUACUGGAGCGGAGUCAUGUGCAACAACCAAUCCCGUGUCACAAGUCUUGACUUGCGCGAUGGAUUUCUUGCAGGCAAGAUUAGUCCUUCAUUGCUUAACUUAAGCUACUUGAAUUAUCUUGAUCUUUAUGACAAUUCGUUUAAUGGAAUGAUUCCCAUGUUCAUUAGUUCCAUGACCCAAUUAAGGUAUCUUGACCUUGGUUGGAAUGAUUUUAAUGGAACCAUUCCCAUGUUCAUUGGUUCCAUGACCCAAUUAAGGUAUCUUGACCUUAGUGGGAAUAGGUUUAAUGGAAAGAUUCCCAUGUUCAUUGGUUCCAUGACUCAACUAAGGUAUCUUGACCUUGGUGGGAAUAGGUUUAAUGGAACGAUUCCCAUGUUCAUUGGUUCCAUGACCCAAUUAAGGUAUCUUGACCUUGGUGGGAAUAGGUUUAAUGGAACGAUUCCCAUGUUCAUUGGUUCCAUGACCCAAUUAAGAUAUCUUAACCUUGGUUCAAAUGAAUUUAAUGGAACGAUUCCCAUGUUCAUUGGCUCCAUGACCCAAUUAAGGUAUCUUAACCUUGGUUGGAAUCAUUUUAGUGGAACCAUUCCUUCAGAACUUGGAAACCUCACAAACUUGCAAGAGCUUUCACUUGAUUUUCUAAGUAGUUGCACUGUUGAAAACCUAGAUUGGUUGUCUCAUCUGUCUCACUUGGAUAAACUUUUCAUGUCAGGUACUUCUCUUGGCAAAGUAGACCACUGGGUAAAUGUGAUUUUAAGUCUUAAAAAACUAUCAGCUUUAUAUUUAAAUGGAUGUGACCUCUCCCUUGUCGUGUACCCAUAUUCAUAUGUCAACUCUUCUUUUUCUUCAUCUAUUGUUUCCCUUUAUCUCCAAGAAAACAAUCUCAACUCAUCCAUGUAUCACUGGUUGUUCCCUUUAACUAGCAAUGCACUUGUAGAGCUUGAUCUCUCUAGGAACAUGUUAGAUGGGAUUCCCAAAUAUCUUGGAAAUCUGUGUGGUUUGACAUCUUUGUAUUUCUAUAGUAACUUAAUGCCUGUCAAGUUACCUGAUUUUCUGAGUAACUUGUCUGGAUGCACAUCAGUUACUUUACAACAUUUAGAUGCCACAUCUAGCCAAUUCACAGGGUCGGUGUCAGAUGAUAUCCGAAAUUUUUCAUCCCUACAAGAUCUAUAUCUUUAA